CCCCCCUUUUUGUUGCUGCCGCCGCCGAGUGUCAGUUUCUGCGCCGCCGCCUGCGGUCGGCCCACUGUGCGGGUCCGCGCGCCUCUCGCGGAGCCCGCCGCGCGCCCGCAGCCCGGGUCCCAGCGCCCAUGGCGCACUCGCCGGCCGCCGUGCCGCCGGGCGCGCCGGAGCAGGGCUGCCCCAUCCGCGUGGAGCACGACCGUAGGCGCCGCCAGUUCACUGUCCGGCUCAACGGGUGUCACGACCGGGCUGUCCUGCUCUACGAGUACGUGGGCAAGCGGAUUGUGGACCUGCAGCACACGGAGGUCCCCGACGCCUACCGCGGGCGUGGCAUCGCCAAGCACCUGGCCAAGGCCGCUCUGGACUUCGUAGUGGAGGAGGACCUGAGGGCCCAUGUCACGUGCUGGUACAUCCAGAAGUUCGUCAAGGAAAACCCCCUGCCGCAGUACCUGGAGCGCCUGCAGCCGUAGCCCCGGCCCCGCGGGGCCCGAGCCCGCCCACCGGACCCUCCCUCCGGGCCUCGCCCCGGCCUCUGCGUGCUCUCAGGAACCUUGGUCCCCACGGGGACAGACUCAGAGUUAUUUUUGUAAGGACGUUUGUCUGUGGCCGUGGCCCAGCUGCCGUGGCGAACGGGGCCCGGCUGUUCCUGCUCUGCAGACACCGUGAGGGCCCGCGGUCAGGACCGGAACGCGGACAGGGGCGUCCCUCUGGUCUUUCUGGGUCCCACCUGCUGCUCCCCGCUCCGUGAUGGGCAGGGGGGCUGAUCUGGGACCCUGCCAACAUGCCCAGGCCGGGUCGUCUCCGCAGAUGAGGAGCCACGAGGAACCUUGUGUGCCAACUGCUGGGGGCGUCGGGCCAAGCGCGCGCGCACAUGUCUCCUUACUCCUUGCAACACCCUUCAGCUCUGCAAGAGGCAGGCCCCCCGUGGCUGCCCUCCCCCUUCCAGCCCGAGUAUCUUGGGGGUCCCCGCCCCUCGCUGUGGCUGAGCUUUCUCAGAGAGGGCCCUUCCGAGCUGGGGUAGGAGGGAGAAAACCGUCCUCCACGAACCAGCCGCACCACCCAAGAGGAAGAAGUAGUUCUGCAGAGGGAUUUCCUGUGCAGCCGCCAGACAUCAGAGCGUCUUUGCCUUCCUGUGAGCUCGUGGCCUGUCAGGAGUCCUGGGGCCCCUCCCGGACCAGCCUUCCUGGGAACAGCCUGGGGAGCAAGCACCCCAGCACCCUUUGUCCUGUGGGGCCAGCCUUUCUGGGGGCUGGUUAGGGCUCAGGGUACCAGCCUCCGCUGCCGCGCUCCCCACGAGGGCUGAAUCCACACCUGCUCUUCUGUGGGGCUGGAGGGGAGCCCAGGAGUCCGGUCCCUCUGGGGUGAGGCGUGAGUGACGUGGCCCCUUCAGCCCUCUGGCUAGGGCUGCUUGCCCCGUUGACACCUCCCUGCCUGACCUCGGCAGGCACUGGCCUGUGUCCUCUUCCCACUCGUCCGCUCCCAGUCUUGCACCAAGCCCCGCUCCUCCACUGCAGUGGCCCGGGGCCCCCAAACACCUGUGCGCAAAUGCCUUCUCACCUGGUGGCGGGAACCUCUCUGUCUGCGUGCCUGAAGGUCUGGCAGCCCCAGGGUCCCCGUCCUCAGCACCCCACCUUCCCAGGUCCCAGCCCCCAGCCCCACUCUGGCCUCCAGGAAUCCCUGAGAGGGCCGAGGGCAACCAUUGCACUCCCAGCUCUGUUUGCAAAGGGCUUUUGGGGGAGUCAGGGAGGCCCCUGGGCCUCUACCGUGCUGGCAGGAGGUGGGCUCGGCUUCUGGGUCCCCUCCGAGCCCGGGGGUGUCCCCUUCCUGGUGCAGCAUAAGGAAAGAGUGGGUUGUAGGCCUGAGAGUGGACUGACGGGCAGCCCAGGCUCUGAGCCAUUUCCCUCUCCAGCACCACCCGCUCCCUGUCCACAUAUCCCUCCCAAGUUCAAGCACAGACUCCGUCAUGAGAACUUCUCUCCAGUAGCUCAGCGAGCUGGUGCUGACCCCUCUGCAGCCUUUGGGGCAAGGUGGCCCAGUUCCAGGGGGCGCUGUCCGUAGCCGGGUGUCCUGCAGCAGUGGCGCAGGGGACCCCAGGGCUGGGUGGCACCAGGGCCCACCAACCCCUGUCCCAGCCUGCACCUGUGUUCUAACAGCAGGUGACUGGGUGCCCAGCCGGCAUGCAGACAAAACACUUAGUACUUGAACCAGGGGAUGUGCGGGGUCACCAGGGCCCCUGCAGCACUGGACCCAGGGACAGCCUGUCCCCAGUUUCUGCAGGUGCGACCCGGGCCUCCUCGCCUCGGGCUGCCUUAAAGUGCCGCUGCUGCUCCGCUAGAGCCCUCGGCGGCAGCAACGGCCAACUCUCCCAGGUCGGGCCGGGUCCACUGCAGACACCUGCGCCGGAGCCCCAGCCCCCCCUGCCAGCACGCCCAACCCCAUCCCGCUGUGGCUGGCUGCCCCCCCACCCCGUGCUACCCUGACUGACUGGCGUCCCAGCCUCGGCCCCCAGCCCCACCCAUCCCGGGACACCUGGGGAACCCUUGCUCAGGAGGCAGGCCACGUGGGCCAGUUUGUGUGCCACUGGCAGGGCAGGGGGACACUCAGAGACCCACCCAGGCCCCCCAAGCAGAUCGCCCCCGAGGCCCCGUGCCCUCCUGCCACAGCUGACUGUGGGUCUCUCUUUCUCACCCGGUCGAGACAGGUGGUCACUCACGUGCCUUUCCCACUCAGGACCUGCUGCAGGUGGCGUCUGGGCCAGGGCUGGUCUCCAGACGGAUUGCAUGACGUACAUUUCAAUAAAAGGAAGCCUUCCCUUGGAGCUCCUGGCCCAGGGGGGCACAGGCCAGGGGCAAGCGGCACUCAGAACACAGACGAUGGAGAGCCUCCGGCAUGGUGUCUGGAGCCUGAGGACUCCUGGAUGGGGCGUGUUCCUCUAGGUCCACCUGGCGGGGGUGGGGGGGAGGGGGUCACAUCGCUGCCCCAACGGAGAGGAAGGGGCUGUGCGGUCACCAGGUCGCCAGCCUUCCAUCGUGGCCAGCUCAGCUCCCACAGCAGCUCCGUGAGACACCAGGUAUUGGGGACCAGAGGCUGGGGGCGGGGAGUUCACAAGGCUGCAGGAAGGCGAGGGGACCAGGACCCACACCCAGUUCCUGGCCCUCCACGUCUGCAUCCCGUGGCGGAGACUUCACAGGGCAAUACCCGGGGACACCCCCAGCACCCGCCCUGCAGCAGCCUGGGGUCUAGAAGUAAAACCCAAGUUACCGUCUACCCUGAACCAGGAUGAAACGGCGGGGCAGGGACAGGACAGACCCAGUAAAGGUCCCACCGGGAGAAGGGAGGGCAGGAGCCGGCAGCCGGGGCAGGAGUCAUGGGUGCUGAGUGACCCCUGCCCACCCAGCCCUCCUCGUCCUGCUUCCCAGUGGCCACCUCUCAGGAGGAGCCUGCACACUUUCUGCAGCUCUUUCCUGACCACGUGGGUGUGACUAGGCUUUCCUCUGAGCAGCAACUCAGAGUCCCCAUCCCCAAAGCCGACCACAUCCAGCUGUGGAACGGGCAGGAUGGGGCCCAGGGGCCCCUCGUGUUCCCAGCACGGCUUCAGGGCAGGCUGGGGGUGAGUUCCAGCCAUACAAACAAGGAGCCUGCGUUCUGAGGCCUGGAUGGGGAGAGAGGAAAACGCACCCCCAUUGGGAUGCGGGGGAUUGGGGGAGGGCUCUUUGCUCACAGCAUGGGGCAGGGUCCCCUCAAGGCAGCCUGGCUGGCAAGGUGGUCCUGGGAGGUUCUAAGCCUGGAGUUAAACGGCAGGACAGAGCUGCAGGCACAGCGUGCAGACUUUGGGUAAAAGAAAGCAGGUUUUUUUUAAAUUGAGGUAUAGUUGAUGUACAAUAUUGAAUAAGUUUCAGGUGUUCAAGAUAGUGAUUCAGCCAGCCUGCCCAACACCUCCACAAACAAUGGCCUGUAUUAAAUCCCUUCUGUUUGAAAUACCUCGGGUGGAUUUCUUUUCCUAAUUAGACACUGACUAAUAUUGAUAAAACUACCCCCAUUUUACAGUUGAGAAAAGUGACAUUCAGAGAGAGGAAACGACUAACCAAAAGCAAACCCAGUACCUCUCCUCUGUCAGUCUGGUCCCAUUACCGGGUCACAAUGCUGUCCCCAGCUCUUCCUUGCACACUCUUCAUCCAGGCCCCAUGCAGAUGCUACCUCUUGAAAAGACCUCUAGCCAACUGUAAUCUCCAAGUCAUCUAUUACAUCAUCCUGCUUAGUUUCUUGUUAGUAUUUAUCAUGCACUGAAAACUCCUAGUUACUUAGUUGUUUAUUCAGCUGGACUGGAAACUCCAUGAGACCAGGAAGUGUUUGUCUUACUAAGUGCUGUGACUCUGGUGCCUGAGAGUACCUGGUACUGACUGUGCACACAAUUAUUUGCU